UUCAUAAAAGCGGCGAAACCUCGACAAGGUCCUCUAGCGCCGGCCAUUUGUAAUUACUGAUCGCCGUGUCUGCUUCGCGUCCUGUUCACAGCGUUGCAGUUGGUGGCGUUUUCGCAGGAGGGCGUAUGGACUAGGCAGACGUGCAAAGACUGCUCGUUGUUCGAUUGAAGGCCUGUCAUUCAGGGUAGUGGGCAUCCGCUCACUUGGUGUAAGAACAGCGGCGAGUGCGGUCGUUUGUCCCCGAUGGCUGGGUGGAAGGACGGCUCGGUGCAGGAGAAGUAUCGACUGGUGGUGGUGGGAGGCGGCGGUGUCGGGAAGUCAGCGUUAACUAUCCAAUUCAUCCAGUCUUACUUCGUCACCGACUACGACCCCACGAUCGAGGACUCGUACACAAAGCAGUGUGUGAUCGACGAGAGAGCCGCUCGCCUGGACAUUCUGGACACAGCGGGACAGGAAGAGUUCGGAGCCAUGAGAGAACAAUAUAUGAGGACGGGGGAGGGCUUCCUUCUGGUCUUCUCCGUCACCGACAGAGGAAGUUUCGAAGAAAUCUACAAGUUCCAGAGGCAGAUCCUUCGGGUGAAGGACCGAGAUGAGUUUCCCAUGAUCCUCGUGGGCAACAAGGCGGACCUGGAGCUGCAGAGGCAGGUGACCCAGGAGGAGGGCCAGCAGCUCGCCAGACAGCUCAAAGUCACCUACAUGGAGGCUUCUGCCAAGAUCCGCAUGAACGUGGACCAGGCCUUCCAGGAGCUGGUCAGAGUAAUAAGAAAGUUCCAGGAGCAGGAGUGCCCGCCGUCACCGGAGCCCACGCGCAGGGACCAGGACAAGAGCGGCUGCCACUGCGUGAUCGUCUGAGUGGCCCCGCCCACUUUCCCACCACGCCCGCCCCGGCUGCUGUCACCGGGCCCCGCCCCCUCCCCCCCCUUGCCUUCUGACGUCCAUCCCGUUGGUGGACCGGCGCUGCCUUCUACACCUGAGUGAUUUUUCGGCUGAAGGCUCGAGGCGUGUGACAGCCUUACCUGGGGAUCCCUGCCGAGGCCACGCCCACCGAGGCACCUGAAACUGAAACUCCGGGAACACACACACACACACACACACACACGCACGCACACGCACACACACACACACUUGGAGAAAUCCAAACAUACGAGACUUACAAACGGAAGCCCCUCCCAACACUAAAAGCUGCUUAAAUGGUUACGGGAUUUCAGUUUUUGUACCUGGAAGGACCUUUUCUUGUCUCAGAGAGACAGUUGUACUUUGUGACAAGAUGGCGACAACAAACACGUUGAUUUAAAAAAAAAAAGAAAAAAAAAAAACGAAACAAUUUUUAGCUACAUGACUUUUGCGCCUUACGGAGGGGGGGAGUUGUGAUGGGACGUCCCAUAUGUUGUGCCAUAUCCUUUUCUGACAUUGGUGUGCUAAUCGUCUACUGUACAUAAGUAAAGAUUUGCUGUGAUUUUAAAAGCGCCUUUCCGAUGAAGUCCAUUCUGUGGGAAUGCAGUGUUGUUGAGGGUGUGAAGGCCUGGCGAUGGGCCUGCCUCACUGGCAUUUACACCAGUGGUCUCCAACCCUGGUCCUGGAGAGCUACAGGGUCUGCUGGUUUUUGUUUUCACCUUAAAGUCAGUACCCAAUUGAGAUCCAAGACACCAGGUGAGUCGAUUUAAAUGUGUAAUCAACUGCUCUAAUUGAUUCAUGAAGUGCAGAGUCACUAUGAAAUCCAGCAGACCCUGUAGCUCUCCAGGACCAGGGUUGGAGACCACUGAUAUACACGCUCGCUGUGUGCUUGUGGGGCAGCCAGAAAGAGAUGCCAAAUUUAGGGUUGUGCAGGGUUUGGUACAGUAGCUUCAUCUUGGGUGACUGAUGAAGCAUUGGAUGCACCGCGGUCUAAACUCCGGUCUGAUUAUCUUUCCCGUGAUUGCAGGUCAUUGGCAGCAGGUCGGUCUAAUGUAACGUAGUAAUGUGGCCUCACGUCGAACUCUGUUGUCUUAACGUCGUACCUCUGUCUGUCUCAACUUCUGUUGCUGCUCAGGUUGACCAAUGCUACUAAAAUGCAACAGAAAGCCGCUAGUUCAGGCACUAAUCGACCCUUUUGGUUUCACUCUCGGACCCCCCCCCCCCGUGACUGUGGUGGGGGGGCAUGUGUGCCUCCUUCAGACCUUAAUAUUUUAAACAAUGCUUCUUGUUGUGUUAUCUGUUUUUAAAAAAAUAUUUUUAAAGCAUUAUUUUCUUGGUUGGAAAGUUCUGUAGGCACUUGUAAUGCUGAAAUGUGAAACAGAUUAAUGCUACAGUAUAUAGCUUUGUUUGGAUAACUCGGAGUCUUUAUUCCUUUAAAGGCAGUCAGUCUAGUCACUGUUUGCUCUGUAUGAAGGCCAGUGCUGUCAGACUGCAGUCCUGGAGUGCUGCAAUGUCUGCUGGUUUUUUGGUGAGUCCACAUGCCUUGUUUUCCAGUCCUAAUUUGGUUGCUUUUUGAAAGGAAACCACAAAAAUCUGUGGACACUGUGGCCCUCCAGGACGAGUUAAACCUGCAGGCACUGUGGGCCUUCAGGACUGGAGUUAAACCUGCCAACACAGCGCCCCCUCCUGGACUAGAGAUUACCUGCAAGCACUGUGGGCCUCCAGGGCUGGCAUUAUACCUGCCAACACAGCGCCCCCUCCUGGAAUGGAUGUAAGCCUGCAGGCACUGUGGACCUCCUGGGCUGAAGUUUGAGAAGCCUGGUGUAGUCCACUGGUUCUUGGCUCUUCUCACAUAACCCUCCUCAUCUUCUUUGGCUCCGCUGCUGACCUCAAAAGCUCAAUCCAGUCUAGAAGUGGGCGGGACUUGAGUUUGGGUCAUCACUAUGUCACUCACCUUAGCACACAACCCACCUGAAUUUCAUUCAGUGGAUUGCAUCACUGUUAACUGAUUUCACCAUUUUGUUGGUCCUUUUUUGAUCUGAGUAAUAAAUAUAAUUAAUAUUUUAGUUUUGUUUUUUGUUUUAAUGUUCUAAAAGGAAAAACUAUGAAAAUGAUCCAUUGAUUGAGAUUAUUAAAUGUUUUUGUUGAUA